AGUUACCAAAUCACCAAGUCAUAAUUAUGGAUAUACCCCGCGAAUUACUACAAUUUAAUUUCUUAAAUUGAAAAUUUAAACAUAACCUCAACCACACUGCAAACCUUGUGCCGAACUCUUAAAUGAAGACCUCAAAGCACAUUUUUAUUUUCAUGAAUUUGUACGAUGUAGCCUAUGUUGGCAAACAUGUAUUCCCCAUCCAAAGACUUGCUUUACCGCCACUUGAAGGAGAUUUGUUCCUUGUCUCUGUUUCCAGUCGGUAACAUUAUUAUCCUGGUGUGCAUCUCUGAAGCAAGCAGCACAGUAACCGCUAAACAUGGCUACUGUUUUCCCAACCAGACCUUGCGAUAGCAACCCUGCAACCCCGGGAGCUCAGUCUGUAAAGGAUGACAUCGAGGAAGUGUCCAAUGAUGGCAGUCAAGCUCCAAAAAGACAGCGCAUGGGUUCAGGUGACAGUUCCAGAAGUUGCGAUACCUUCAGUCAGGAACUUGGGCCCACAUACUUCUCAGCAGAAAAUCUGACCGAGUACAGGUGGCCGUCAGACGGUAGUGGGGAGUACUAUAUGUUACAAGAACAAGUCAGUGAAUAUCUGGGAGUCACUUCAUUCAAGCGAAAAUAUCCAGAUUUGGAAAGGAGAGACCUCUCCCACAAGGAGAAGCUAUAUCUGAGGGAGCAAAAUGUCAUCACAGAGACACAGUGCACAUUGGGCUUGACUGCUUUACGAAGUGAUGAAGUGAUUGAUUUGAUGAUGAAGGAGUACCCAGGAAAACAUGCUGAGUAUUCUGUAAUCCUCCAAGAGAGGGAGCGCCAGAGGAUAACAGAAGAGUACUCUAAAAUGCAGCAACAAAGGCCUCAGAAGGUUGAAGCCAGUAAAGUGCCAGAGUACAUACAGAAAGCUGCCAAGAAAGCUGCUGAGUUCAACAGUAACUUCAACAGGGAAAGGAUGGAAGAGAGAAGGGCCUAUUUUGACCUUCAGACACAUAUUAUCCAAGUACCCCAAGGGAGGUAUAAAGUCCUUCCUCCAGAGAGAACCAAGACUGGACCCUAUCCAGUGGCCCUCAUCCCUGGACAGUUCCAGGACUACUACAAAAGGUACUCUCCCAACGAGCUGCGCUACUUGCCCCUGAACACAGCCCUGUUCGAGCCCCCCCUGGACCCAGAGCUGCCUGCCCUGGACAGUGAUGGGGACUCGGACCAUGCAGAUGACAUCAAGGGAGAAGAGGGCAAGAAAAAUUCGGACAGCUCAUCUGGAAACACCUCAGAUGGGGACAGUCAGGACAGUGGAGUGCAGUCAAAGGGCAAGGCCAAGGACAGGACUGCCACCCCACGCCCCAACCAACACAAAUCUGUCCCUGGGUACAAGCCUAAGGUCAUGCCCAAUGCUAUUUGUGGCAUUUGCCAGAAGGGUAAGGAGUCCAACAAGGAAGGAAAGCCAGAAGCUCUCAUUCACUGCACACAGUGCAAGAACAGUGCUCACCCAUCGUGCUUGGACAUGGGUGAGGAGCUGGUGGGUCUGAUUAAGACCUACCCGUGGCAGUGCAUGGAGUGUAAGACGUGCACGGUGUGUAAGCAUCCCCACCAUGAGGAGGAGAUGAUGUUCUGUGACACGUGUGACCGGGGCUUCCACUCCUUCUGUGUGGGCCUGGACUCCAUCCCUCUAGGUUGCUGGGUUUGUGAGUGUUGCAACAAGGAGUCCUCAACCCCCAAGAAGAAAAGAGGAAGAAAAAAAAAAUCUCAAGUCUAAAUCUGCACAUAAAAGGAUGUGAUCAAAUCAAUAAGCUAACUGUUUUGAUACUUUUUGUACUUUAGAUUGUGUUAAGAUUAAGUUAAGAUUAAGUCCUGUGUAUAUCUAUGGAUUUACUUUGUCUUAACUAUAUUUGAAAUGUUAUUGCCACUGAAGUAAAACAUUUUUUGACAGUAAAUGUUUUUUAAAAUGAUAUAACCCAUGCCUGCCCUGAAGUUGUAUUAAAACACAGAUGAUGUCCCUAAAA